AUGCGGAAGGACAGGCCCUUGGAGUUCCAGGACUGGGCACAUCGAGAUGCAUCGCUGCAGGUGGGCUUGCAGGGCUGGGGGUGGAAGGACAGGGAGGUCCAGUCUGCUGCCUCUUUUACCUCCGUGAAGCCUGAGAAGGAGGACGCUGCCCAGGCCUCUGUGCUGCCUGUUCGCAGCCACCACCUCAGCUUGGCCCAGAGCACGGUGCUGAGCUCAUGGAUACAGUGCCGAGCUCACGGAUGCGGUGCCAAGCUCAUGGAUGCGGUGCCAAGCUCGUGGAUGCAGUGCCGAGCUCACAGAUGCAGUCUCAGCCGUCUCUCAGGGUUCUGCCCUCCAAGAAAAUCUUGCCUUGACUGGAUAGGCCCCCCUGAUAAGUAUUCAAACCUUCGACCUGUACACUUCUACAUCCCUGAAAAUGAAACACCACUGGAACAAAAGCUUAGAGAAUUAAGACAAGAAACACAAGAAUGGAAUCAACAGUUCUGGGCAAAUCAGAAUUUGACUUUUAGGGAGGAAAAAGAAGAAUUUAUUCACUCAAGACUAAAAGCUAAAGGCCUAGCACCGAGAACUGAAUCUGUUCAGAAAGCAACACUGAAUGCAGAAGAAAUGGCUGACUUUUACAAGGAAUUUUUAAGUAACAAUUUUCAGAAGCACAUGUAUUAUAACACAAACUGGUACAAGCAUAGUUUUGCCAUCACCUUCUUCAUGGGAAAAGUGGCCCUGGAGAGGAUUUGGAACAAGCUUAGAUUGAAACAAAAGAAGAAGAGCAAUUAG